AUGAAACCAAAAAUUAGCUUACGAAUAGAGCACCGAUGUGGGACUGAUGUCGGCUCAUCUUUGAAAGCAAUGGCUCUUUGUUCAAUUCCAGUCAUAUCUUUGUUCAAUUCUAAUUUUGACCUUGGUGCUGUGGUGGAGCGUCCUUGUUUCCUUUCUAAGAAUUUUUACAAAAGCAGUAUAUCCGCAAGAUUACCAUGGCACGGGGUUGGAAUCGUAAUAAUUUAUGUUGUGACUCUAUCCAUCUUUCCUGGUUUCAUUACUGAAGAUGUUCAUUCAACAUUACUUGGAGAUUGGUACCCAAUUCUCCUAUUUACUAGCUUCAAUGUAUUUGAUUUAGUGGGCAAGUCUUUAACUUCCCUCCAUCUCCUUGAGAAUGAAAAUGCUGCAAUUGGUGCCUGUUUUGCUCGACUUCUGUUUUAUCCUCUCUAUUGGGGAUGCUUGCAUGUACAAGUCCCACAUCGGAAAGGAGGGCAAAAAUGGGGAGACCAUAUGAUUGUGAGAAAUCUUUUAACAAGACUUCGUGGAGAGGAUGCCGAUACUACACAUGAAGUUGCCCAAGUUCUAAAAAGCCUGGAUCUUGUAAAACAUCAUCCUAAAGUAGGAAUCUUGGAUUUAUUAGAAACAAGAUAUAUGCCUUCUCUUGCAGUUGGGUUAAUGGCUUUCCAACAAUGUGGAGUCGUCAUUGGUAUUGGAUUUUAUACAAGUGAAAUUUUUCUUGCAGCAGUCAAACGGGCGGGUUGCAAGUCGGGUCACUUUCGAAUCAAAUUGAUUACAAGUCAUAUUGAUGGAUUUGGAUUGGGUUCAGUUAGAUGGAACGAGUCAAAAGAUUUCAUAAUAGAAGACCAUGAUAUGCUACUAGAAUGGAUACCAUCUCUUGUAUUAUUUGGAGUAGUGUGGUUUAUAUCCUCAUUUUCUUCUGGUUAUGGAGCCAUUCCUUGGGUUAUAAUGUCAGAGUUUCAUCCAACCCUUUUUGUUGAAGGAAUCUCUCUUUCUAAUGAUCUUUCUCGAGUCGAGGAACUUUUUGAUCGCAUCCUCUUUCAUGGGUAUGAGUUGUCAUCUUUCUUCCUCCCCCAGACCGACAUAUUCUAA